AUGACGCGUGUCGAGCGUGAUAAGCGCAAAUGGGAGCGACGCGGCUUGCCCACCGAUCGGACCCAAGACUCUAACGACGAAAGCGGCCCGACGGGAAAAGAUGGCAACCAGCUCUCGGAUGUGGUCGAGUCGAUACUGGGCAACCUCGACACCCAUAUCCACAAGAGCCUUGAGAAGAUGGGCGACGAAGAGAAAGCGGCGCGAAUCGCGAGAGUGCGCAAGACCGUGGCCCUGCGUGGAAGCCGGGUAGCCGGCGCGAAAACGAUUCUGCUCUUCAAGCAGCUCGGCAACCGCAGCGACAUACGCCCCAGCGGCACGGGCCUGCCGCAUACUUAUCGGCCCGUACUCGAGAGCGGCAACUUCCACCAUGAAAUUUUGAAGCGUGCAAUGGCCCAGCUGAUCGGCCCAUUUCAGAAGAAGUUUGAGCCCAUAAAGACCGAUAACUGGGCCGAACGGUGGGCAAAAGAGGCCGAGCUUUUGGAGGAGCUCAUCGUCGCUCAGGGAGUCGACGCUUUGCAUCUUGAUGUCGGAGAACGGCGGACGGAGAAGCCGGGCAAGGCAACGACAGUCAAGAGAAUCAUUAGGCUGCGCCUCGGCCAGUUCAAGAUUAGUAUGCUUUUGGAUUCUGACAAGCAGACGGUGCGGACCUGCAACCCAGACUUCGCCAAGGUGCUGACAGCCUGCGCCGUGGAAGCCAACCUUGGAUUCUGGGAGACUAUCAUCACGUAUUUGGCACCUGCUUUUGUCAAUUUCUCGCUUGGCCGC